ACCAAUCGAAAGAAAAGAAAAUAAUCAAUGGAGACGAUGAAGGUUGAAACCAUCAGUAAAGAAAUCAUAAAACCAUCUUCCCCAACUCCGAAUGAUCUCCGAACUUUCCAACUCUCAAUUUUUGAUCACAUCCUUCCUCCAGUUUACACAGUAGCCUCUCUCUUCUACACCAAAAAUGAUCUCAUCUCUCGAGAACACACUUCCCACAAACUCAAGACUUCUCUGUCCGAAACCUUGACCAAGUUCUACCCUCUUUCCGGUAGAAUCAACGGAGUAACCAUAGAUUGUAACGAUGAAGGAGCUAUCUUUGUCGAUGCUCGUGUCGAUAAUUGUUCUCUCUCUGGAUUUCUUAGGUGCCCUGAUUUCGAGGCCCUCCAACAGUUGCUUCCUCUAGACGUUGUGGACAACCCAUACGUGGCUGCUGGGACAUGGCCUUUGCUGCUCGUGAAGGCAACUUACUUCCAAUGUGGAGGCAUGGCCAUAGGAAUCUGCAUCUCUCACAAGAUUGCCGACGCAACAUCUAUCUCUACUUUCAUUCAGACAUGGGCUGCUAUGGCUCGAGGAGAGGCAGAAGUGGCGGGUCCCAAGUUUGCUGCAGCAGAUUUCUACCCACCAGCCAACGAUGCAUUUAAGUUUCCGGUGGAUGAACAAGCCAAUAAUAGGAGCAGCAUCACAAAGCGAUUCGUGUUCGAUGCUUCUAAGUUGGAACAGCUCAGGACCAAAGCUGCUAGUACAGACGUCGUAGCCAGACCUACGCGGGUGGAGAGCGUCACUGCGCUUCUCUGGAAAGGCUUGGUCGCUGCUGCAUCUUUGUCUUUAACGACAAGUGAUCACAAAGUGCUGUUCCAGCCCGCUAACUUGCGCCCCAAGAUACCUUCCCUUCUGCCAGAAAGCCUGUUCGGCAAUGUCAUGUUCACUUCUGUAGUCUUGAGUAUUGGUCCAGAGGGGGAAGUUAAAAUCGAAGAGGCCGUUGGAGAGUUACGAAAAAAGGGUGAGGACUUACGAUGUCUGAUCAAAGACGAGGAUGGGUCAUCAUCUUCGAUGAUUGGUUCCAAACUAGCAAACUUGAUGUUUGCUAAUUAUUCCAAGAUGAGCUAUGAGACUCAUGAGCCCUACACCGUAAGUAGCUGGUGCAAGCUACCACUUUACAAGGCUCAUUUUGGAUGGGGAUCUCCGGUUUGGGUUGCUGGAAAUGUUUCUCCCGCGUUGGGAAACUUAGCCAUGUUGAUCGAUUCCAAGGACGGACAAGGAAUUGAAGCGUUUGUUACACUGUCUCAGGAAAACAUGUCGUCUUUCGAGCAGAACCCAGAACUACUCGCCUUUGCUUCCUUGAAUCCUAGUGUCUUGGUUUAAGUCCUCCUCCAACUAUGUUGUUUCCAUAAUACAGAUUUGGAUAUGUU